AUAAAACAGAAAAUUUAAAGUAAACACAUUUCAUUGCACAUUUGCACGUAUCUACCUCAUAAAAGGCCAGGCCAAAUCAACUACUAUAAAAACUAAAAAGACACAAUCAUAAAUAUUCCUUCCAAAAUUAUAUUCCAACAGUUGACGAGGAUGCAUACUUUCAAAUACACCUAAUAAACUUAUAAACACCGCUAAAAAGCCAUCCUCAAACUUUCCAUUUCUACUCUUAGUAGAAAACAGCUAGUUAGUUAACACUCUCCCUUAGACAAGACUUUACACCCACCUCCCAAAACCCCCUAUUUAUCCCCCCUUAUAUCCCUCUUUGAACUCCAAACUCAUUAUUUUCCUACACUACCUCAAAAUGAACCAAAACUACGGCCGUCUAAUCCCCACCCCAUCCGCUCGAAUCACCGAACUCGAAUCCACCACCACCCCAAAACCCCCAUCCAAAACUCGAACAUGCCAAAUCCUUCUCCUCCUUGCAGGGGCCCUCCUCAUCAUUGCCACUGCUUGUGGAAUCCCAGUGGCGAUGAAGUCCAUGAGGAGGGCCCCUGCAGGGUCAUCCCCAGGCCCCGGUACCACUAGGGUAAUCCGGAAAGCCUGUGGGAUGACCCGGUUCCCGGAAAUUUGCCAGUCAACACUAGCAAAGUUCCCUGGAGCAGUGUUCGCUAAAGACCCGCUCCAGGUGGCCCACAUUUCCGUAAACAUGACUUUACAAAAAUUUGGGGUGGCACUAGGGGAGUCAACGGAGAUAAGGAACUGGGAGAUGGACACGUGGAUGAGGUCGGCGUACGAGGAUUGUUUAGAGCUGUUGGAUGACUCCGUUGACCUCCUCGGACGAUCGUUGCUCUAUGUCUCUCAAACGACGUCGUCGUCAGUGGAAGUGGAGAGUGGUAGUGACAGUAAUGGUGAUAAAGUUCAGCAGGGAGGGUCCCAGCAAGAUGUGAUGACAUGGUUAAGUGGGGCCAUGACAAAUCACGACACGUGUACGGAAGGAUUUAACAACGUGGGUGGGACCAUCAAGAAUCAAAUGCUCCAAAGGCUUCAAGAUUUAUCCGAGCUAGUCAGCAAUAGUCUAGCUAUAUAUGCGGCCAGUCAUAAUAUGGAUGAUUUUUCAGGCACUCCUAUACAAAAUCGGAGAUUGUUAGGAUUCGAACCCGAGACCUACCUAGAUAAUGAUUCCGGGUUUCCUAAGUGGAUGACAAGGUCCGAACGAGAACUUUUGGGUACCCCGACCCAAAGUGUACAAGCGGAUAUAGUUGUGGCUCAAGAUGGGUCGGGUACCGUAAAAACUAUUACUGAGGCUAUCAAAAAAGCACCCGAAAAUAGUGCACGUCGCAUUAUUAUCCUUGUCAAAGCUGGAACAUAUGCAGAGGAUAACUUGAAAGUGGGACGAAAGAAAACAAACUUGUGGUUUUUAGGUGAAGGCAAGGGUCGGACUGUAAUUUCUGGCCAAAGGAGUGUGGGUCGCGAUCAGAUUACCACUUUCCACACUGCUGCAUUUGCUGCUAGCGGCACUGGGUUUGUAGUUCGGGAUAUUACAUUUGUAAAUGAGGCUGGCCCCGGUAACCACCAAGCUGUAGCCCUUCGUGUAGGUGCAGACCAUGCUGUAGUCUAUCGUUGUGAGAUAAAAGGAUACCAAGACACACUCUAUGUACACUCACAACGACAAUUCUAUAGAGAGUGUGACAUAUAUGGGACCGUAGACUUCAUUUUUGGUAACGCGGCUGUUGUGUUUCAAAAUUGCACAAUGUGGGCUCGUAAGCCCAUGCCCCAACAAAAGGUCACAAUUACAGCCCAAAACCGUAAGGACCCAAAUCAAAAUACGGGCAUGUCGAUCCAAGCUUGCCAAGCCCGAGCAACCACGGACCUCGAGGCGGCCAAGUCUAGCUACCCAACGUAUUUGGGCCGUCCAUGGAAAAUAUUUGCUAGAGUUGUGUACAUGGAAUCUUACUUGGGUGAUCACAUUGAUCCUAGGGGGUGGUUAGAGUGGAAUGCAACAUCUCCAUUAGACAAGUUAUAUUAUGGUGAGUAUGGCAAUGUCGGGCCACGGGCCGACACGUCACAACGGGUCAAAUGGCCGGGUUUGCAUGUGAAUAUGGCUAGAGGAGAGGCAGAGAAAUUUACAGUGUCUCAAUUUAUAUUUGGCCAAGAUUGGAUAACUUCAACAGGUGUUUCAUAUCAAUCAGGAUUAUCGGCUUAAUAAUGGAAUUAGUUUAACAAUAUGUAAUUGUGUAAACCAUAGUAUAACUAAGCAUGUUAGAUUUUUGUGUAAUUGUGUGGAAAAAAUGUGUUAUAGUGUGCUAAGCUAUAUGGGAUUAUGGCGUACGUAUAGAUAAAAAUGCAUAUAUGGUAAGCCUUUAAUCAACACUCCAAAUAAAGAAGAAAUGGUACAUUUGGAGUGGUUUUUUUUUAUACCAUUUAUUUAUCCCUCAUUGUAAUUAGUAUCCAUAUGAUUUUUUAGGCAAUUGUAAUCAAUAAUAAGUUCCUACUGUUUUCACAUUUUUGUAGCCAUUAUUGGA